UACUUCCUCCUUAACUUACCAUUAUGGAAGAAGAAUCUGCAACUGCAACUCAAGAGGAAGCACUUUCUGCCGCUGCCCAUGUUGUUAAAGGAAAGAGAACCAAGCGCCAACGGCCUCAAUCUCCGAUUCCGUUUGUUGUUUCAACUGGGGUUGAUCAUAUUGCUACUGGGUUUGAUGGUGAUUACUUAGAUAGCACCGAGGAAGACGAAGACAUGGCCAAUUGUCUUAUUCUUCUGGCUCAACAACAACAAGUAGGAAAUAAUAAUGAUGAUGAUCGUCGUCUUCAUCAUCAUCACGAAGAGAUGGGGCAAUUACAGAAUAAAUUUAAUAGCAGGAGAUUUCUUGAAGCUCCGUCUUCAGGCACCGGCAAAGCGGGUUACUAUGUUUACGAGUGCAAGACUUGCAACAGAACUUUUCCGUCUUUUCAAGCUCUCGGAGGCCAUCGAGCAAGUCAUAAGAAACCGAAGGGGACGAUGAAUGAUCACGAAGAAGAGGGAAAUUUCCGAAAUUUAUCUUCUCUUUCUCUCCAAUUGAACAGCAAUUUGUAUAGCAAGAAUCAGAAUAGUAAGGUUCAUGAAUGCUCCAUUUGUGGCGCGGAGUUCACUUCGGGACAAGCUUUGGGCGGGCACAUGCGGCGCCACCGGCCACCGAUUGGAACAAACCCCGCUUUGUCAUUGACGCCGACAACCUUGGAAGCGGAAGAUCAGAUAAUUAAGAAGCCGAGAAAUGUAAUGAUGUUACAGUUGGAUCUUAACCUUCCGGCGCCGGAAGACGAUCUCCGGGAAUCAAAAUUACCCUUUUCUUCAAAGCAACCACCGCAGCAGCAGCAGCAACAACAACAACAACAACAAAAAUCAUCUCUUGUCUUCUCUGCCGCCCCCACUUUGGUGGAUUGUCACUACUAAACAAGAGGUCUUUUAAUUUCUUUCUUCUUUUUUUCCCUUUUAUAACUUCUGGGGAAGUUGAUAUUCAUCUCGAUGAUUCAAAGAUAAAUUUCGUGUUGAUUCAUACAAAAAUUGUUUCAUUCUUUUACUGGUGGAAAAUAUUACAAGAUUAAUUAUUUUCA